UCUCAAAAAAAUUAGUACCUUAUGAUUGUUUACGCUAUGCCUGCUUAUGGUGAAAGCAUGAUGUAACGGCGUUAAUUUCUAAAAAACCUUUAAAUACUCGUCUAGAAAUAUUUCUUUUUUAUCUUCCUGAUUUCUUGUCCAUCGUUAUAAUAUAAUCCAAUACAGUAAUAAUGUUCAGUAACAACAAACAUCAACAACAACAGUAUCAACAGGGAGGCUAUUACCCACCACCACCCCAACAAGGUUAUUACCCACCACCCCCACAGCAAGGUUACUACGGUGGCCCCCCACCACGUAGAGAUAACGGCGGUAUGAUGGGAUGUCUUAUCGGUUUGCUUGCCUGCUGUGCUUGUGAGGAGUGCUUGGAUAUUUGCUGCUGCUAAGGAGCUCGGUUGAAACACUGGAGGACUUUUUGGGA